AAUUUUGACUGAAAGAAAAAAAAAUAGUUACUUGUUGUACCUUAUAUUGGUGAUGGAAGUGUUUCAAGAAGAGUAUCAUUGGCCAAAUGCUAAACGACAAAUAUAUGCCGCUAUUGUAGCAAAUUUAGUGCUCGUUGGACAUGGCUCAAUUUCGGGCUGGUUUUCACCAGCUCUGGACAUUCUUUUAUCAGAAGAUACGCCACUCGUUGAUGGUGAAAUAUCGAACGAAGAAGUGUCUUGGCUCGGUUCAAUUUCGAGCUUGGGCUCAAUAGUUGGUACGGUUAUUUUCGGUCUUUUGACAUGGAACAUCGGUUGUAAACGUGCCAUGAUCUUUCUGGCACUGCCAUCGAUCACAUUUUGGUUGCUUGUCUUCUUGGGACAUUACCUUUAUCACAUCAUGAUUGCGAGAUUCAUUAUGGGGAUGACGGCUGGUGGAAUUCAAUCUGGUGUCAUAAUAUAUGUGUCAGAAAUAUCAAACGACAAUCUUCGAGGACGUCUUGGUUCACUCACGCCUUUGGCAAGAAAUGUUGGAGUUUUGAUUGCUCUCAUCGUCGGAGCAACGGUUGAUUAUGAUACUAUUCCUGCUUUUUUCUUUUUCAUUCCAAUCGUGUAUAUGAUUUGUUUGUAUUUCCUUCCAAAUACACCACAAUUUCAUUUGCAGCACGGAGAAUACAAGGAAGCUGAAAUAUCGCUAAUGUACUACAAAAGCUAUGAAGAAAAGAGCGAACGUGAAGUGCUUGCAUUGCAAUUGGAAAUCGAACGACUGAAACACAUGGCAAAAGCAUUAGAAACGAAUGAAAAGAUCAAUUUGAAAGAUUUCUGUAGCCAAACAGCCGUGCGUGGAUUGAUUAUUGGUGCUGCAAUGGCUUGGUUUUUACAACUUAGUGGCUGCUUCAUCAUUAUUAAUUAUUCAUCGUUAGUGUUCCUAAAGUCAAAUCAUAUUAUGGAUUCGCAAAUAGCAUCAAUCAUUUUAGGUGUGGUACAAAUUUUCGGAGGACUACUAUCAACAUCACUCUGUGACAAUUUCGGUCGAAAAGUGCUGCUUAUACUGUCGCUCUUAGGCUCAGCACUUGGCCUAUUUGGAUUG